AUGGCAUCACCAAUUUUUGUAUCAAAUCCAAGUCCAACUUUCUCCCUAACGGCAAUAGUUAAAGGUUAUCAAUUUGCUAUACUUGGUGGUUAUAGACUUUUACAAAAUCAGUUCUUUUUUGAAAAUCCAAAGUAUUUUAAAUUUACAUUGGUUGCAUUACAAUUAUCUAUAUUUGUACAGAUUUUACUUUCUAUACCAAAUUAUGUUUUAAAAGUGGUUUAUUAUGGGUUUAAGUUUUUCCUGAGGAAGGAGAUUGAAAUAGAUUGGUAUCAAGGGGUUAUUACUAUAUUGAUUGAAGAUGUUCUACAAGUUCAACCAAUGGUAUUAUUAAUUAUUUAUACUUUUUAUUGUGAUGUUUUUGAAGAUAUUUUUAAUAGUGGAUUACAAUAUAUUGAUCAAGUUACUAUAGCAAGUCAUAAAAAACCUAAGCUAAUUUAUUCAACUGGAUUGAUUAAAUUGAAAAGAGUUGAAUUAAGGAAAAGAUCAACUUUUACAAAUUUAUUAUCUAAAUUGGAAUGGUUAUCAAUAUCACAAAUUAAUCACUUGAGUUAUUUAUUUAGAUCUUAUUUACAAUUGAUUAGUGGGAAUUUAUUUUUGGUUUCUGUUUCAUUUUUACCAUAUAUUGGAUCACCUUUGGUUAGUUUUAUUGUUUCAAGAAAUUUUAAUUCUAAAUUAGGUUCAAGUUUAACCCUAUUAUUCUUUAUUAUUGGACUUAUAAUACCAACAGAAGCAGUUUGGAAAUUAUAUGCAUUUUAUUAUACAACACAAUUCAUUAUCAAAGCAAUUUUAAAUAUACCAUAUUUUCAAAAAUUAAAUUUUUCAAUUCAACAAUGUGAAGAUUGGUUAGAUUCAAGAGCUGGUCUUUCAUUUGGAUUUGGUUCCAUUUUUUUCUUUUUGGAAUAUGAGUUUAAUUACAUUGCAUUAGUUAUCUUAUUUUUACAACAAUUAAGUAUUGCAUAUUUCAUUACACAAGUUACAGAUCCUGUACCAGAUACACUAAAUGAACCAUGGAUCUUGACACAAAUAUAUUGGACAAGGAUUUAUAAUAAAUUAUUAGUUUCAAGUGAUGGUUUCAAACCAAUUCCUUUAUCAUAUAUAAUUUUCAAACAAGGAGAAACUUCACCAGAUACUAGUUCAUUUGUUACACCAAUUUCAUCAAAUACAAAUCUAAGUGAAUUGAAUGAGCAAUAG